CAGAGAAGAAGAAGAGAGCACAGAGGCACACCCAGGCUAACUGGUCUAACUGGUCUUACUAGACUGCAGUGAUGCAGUGAACUGUGGCCAGUUUGUGUGAGACUAACUGGAGUUAGCCAGGUUGUGGAGGGGUAAGGUGGACUGGAGUGGUCUGAGUUGGUGUGAGGAACAGGAAGUGGAUGGAUGGUUACCAGGCAUACGGGGCGGGGAAGGCCGGUGGAGCUUUUGACCCUGCGACCUUCAUCAGACAGCCACAGACUGUGGUGAGGAUCCUGUGCUGGCUCUUCUCCAUUGUCGUCCUGGGCUGUGUUGCUAAUGAGGGCUAUGUUAACCGGCCAGAGGAGGUAGAGCCAUACUGCAUCUUCAACCGCAACCAGAAUGCCUGCAAUUAUGCCAUCUCAAUGGGAACACUGGGUUUCCUGUGCAGUGCCACUUUCCUGGCGGUAGACAUUUACUUCCCUCAGAUCAGCGGUGUGAAGGACAGGAAGAAGGCUGUCAUGGCUGAUAUCGGGGUGUCAGCUCUGUGGGCCUUCAUCUGGUUUGUGGGCUUCUGUUUUCUGACCAAUCAGUGGCAGGUUUCUAAAAAAGAGGACAAUCCUCUGAACGAAGGUGCUGACGCCGCCAGAGCCGCCAUCGUUUUCUCCUUCUUCUCCAUCUUCACCUGGGGAGGUCUCACUCUGCUGUCAUUGGACCGUCUGAAGAAAGUCUCCUUUGAGGAAGAGUACAACAAACUGUUCAGUCCUCCUCUUGGCUGAAACUCACACCUAACUUCACCUGUCUCCUUCAGCCAAUCAGGGACCAGUCUUCAUGUGCUUCCUGUUUCCUUCUCUUAGUUCAGUGUGGACUCUGAUUGGACACUCAAAGUGCUUUACUAUGUGUUAUGUUUUUUUUUUUUAAAGUGAUGCCAUGGCAUGUAGUAUGACAUCACCAUGUAUUUUUAUGUGCGAAGAUGUACUUAUGAUUGUGACAUGAAGAUUCAACAAAUAUAAAGAUAGUGUGAAUAAUGGACUGCUGGCCCCCUGCUGGCUGCCCAACAUCACUGCACUCAUCGCUCAUCAACUCAGCACCAAGAGAAGCAGGAAAUUUACCCAGGACAGAACCCAAUUUAAACCAGGUCACCUGACAGGAUUUAUAUAGAACAGCAAUGAGCAAACAUGGAUUAGCUGACAAAAAAUAACAUACAUACAUUACUGUGCAAAAGUUUCGAGCCACCUCUGUUUGUUUGGUUUUUUUUGUUUGUUUAAUUUUUUUUGUUUUUGUUUUUUUGUAAUUUGCAGAAAAAUCAGAAAUAUGUGCCAAGAUUUACAGGCGCAAACAAUUAUGGAAAUAUAAAGCAAAAACAGAGUAUUUACAGGUCAAAUGAGCUGAAAUCAGUAUUUGGUGUGACCUCCUUUAUCCUCUCUGAGGAAGCUUCCUGUCAUUGCUUUCAGCAGUCUUCAGGAAUCAUUCUCCAGGCUUCCUGAAGGACAUUCAAACCUCUUCUUUGGAUGUUUCUGUCUCUGUCAACAGUGUGUUUGGGAUCAUUGUCAUGCAGAACAGUGAAGCUGCUGCCAAUCAGAUCUUUCCAGGUGGUGUUGCAUGGUGGGUCAAAAUCUGAUGGUACUUUUCUGUGUUUAUCAGUUUUAAUGAAUCAUUCCUUUGAAAAUGCUCAGGUUCAAGGACUGAAAUGAAAAUGAGUAAAAAAGAAGCCAAUGUCCAAAGAAGAACUUUGAAAGAGCUUCAGAAAGAUGGAGAACUGAUGCUCAAGAGCACUUUAGCAAUUACAAGAAAGUCCAGCUGCUUGGAAACAAAAUGUGUGGAAAUGAGGGGUGGCUCAAAACUUUUUCACAGGAGUGUAUUUGGUUUUUUUUUUAAUUUAAUUUAAAAUAAUUUUCCUCUAUCUCAGCCUCGCUGCAGCACUUCAUCCUCUGUCUGAAUCGAUCUGUUUUAGCUCCUCCCCCAGUCUCCCUACUUAACUGUCAUUUGAUUGGACGCUGUGACGAAGCAUGCUGAGUGGCAGACUUAAUAAAAAAGAUGGAUGUAACCACUGUGA